AUGGGAACUUCCAGCAACUGGUUUCGAAAAAUCCGAAGAAAGUUUGUGAGAUCCUCAGACAGAGAUAUCAUUGUCGUCUAUAACACCAGCCCACGCUUCCAUGGAGAAGAAGCCGAUUAUGAAGUCCUCAUUCACGACGACGCUUCGUCUACAAUCUCUUCCAUCAUAACCAUAGAGAAAACUUUAACCAAGGAAGACAUUGCAGCCAUCAAGAUCCAAGCAUUUUUCAGAGGCCAACUUGCAAGACGAGCAUUUCGAGCACUCAAGAGCCUGGUGAAGCUGCAAGCACUGGUUCGAGGAGUGUGUGUGAGGAAACAGGCCCGAGUCGCUAUGCAAUGCAUGCGUGCGCUUGUGCAGUUGCAGGUCAAGGUUCGUGCACGGCAGCUCCUCAACGGGUAUAGUGAUGCCAGAUCCAUCACAGCUUAA